AUACAUGAAAAACUGUCAUUUCAUUAAUUCUAGGCAAUGAUAGUUUUGGGUAUACUAUUCGACCGGGAGGUAUGUUAAAGUUUUCUAUAUGUAUUUCAACUAAACUAAAACAAAAACUAUUUAUUAUUUCAAAGAUAUUUUAACAAAAAUAUUUCUGUUUUUUUAGCAUCUGAAAUACCUAUGCAAAUUCGACACGCUACUAGUGAACAAAUCGUUCAAAAACCAGUACCAAAGCCGAAACCGAUUGUUCGGCAACCAACAGUAUCAUCAAGAACUUCCUCAGCAUCAUCAGAACAAAGCGAUAGACAACAUAAAUAUGAUCGAAUACGACAAGCAUCAUCGUCAAGAAGAUCACCGCCGCCGCCGACUGCUCGACAACAAAGACAUCGUCACCAACAACAAGACUCAGAUGACGAUAACGAGUUUCAAUCAAAAAGAUCACAGCCUCCAUCAUCAAAACUGAAUGAUCGACAACAAAGACAUCGUCACCAACGGCAAGACUCAGAUGACGAUAACGAUUUUCAGUCAAAAAGAUCACAGCCUUCAUCAUCACAAGUGAAUGAACGACAACAAAGACAUCGUCACCAGCGACAAGACUCAAACGACGAUAACGAGUUUCAAUCAAAAAGAUCACAGCCUCAAUCGCAACUGACUGAUCGACAACAAAGACGUCGUCAACGACGACAACACUCGAACGACGAUGAUAAUUUUCAACCAAAAAUAUCACAGCCUCCAUCAACAUCACAUAAUCAUUCAAGUCAUCAACAACAUCGACAGAAGCAACGACGAUCACAAGUAUCAGAUUCUGAACAGUAUUAUUACCCAUCAGGAUCUCAAUCGAUUCCAGUACCUGUGGAUCCUAUUUAUCAACAUCAAGUUCCUCGUGGUCGACGAAGACCAUUACCACCUAUCUCAUACGAUUAA